AUGGACGGACGGGCGAAACGGCAGCCAUGCCAGAUUUGUGGGACCGUAACGCAGAGCAUUGGUUACAAGGCUUUUGUUUGUGGAGCAUGCUCAAUUUUUUACAGGCGGUAAGACAGGUGUUUUUCUGUAUAAACAGCAGUUGUAUUUGCUCAAAAGCAAUGUGGUUUAGGGUAUAAUAGCCGUGAUGUUUUUCUCUUCGAUUUUUAUGAAGUUGGCGGCCUAUAGACACUUUUACAACUAAUUUUAUGACACCCUCUCUCUCUCGCCAUACAAAUUUCGGUAGCUUUGUUGUCGAGUGACGUUGUUAUAUUCGUAAUUUUUACUCACAAUCAGGUGAGGGAUUCAGUGCUGAAAUUUCGGUUUGUAUCCCUUAUACCACUUUAAAAAUUUCCCUUUGCUUGUACAAAUCAUGUGUUUGGUUGUGGCAUGACUCUAGUCCGCUAAUUACAUAGUCAAGUACUCUGUAGGGCCAAAAAAGUCGAUACAAUCAUCCAACACCAUUGCGUCUAAGAUCAUUUUAUACGUACUUAUAUUACCUUCGAACGCACGUACCGAACUGUUUGUUAAUUGUUAUUUUCAGCAAUUUUCGGAACAAAGAUCGAAUCUUCUGUCGAAAAAAUGGAAAUUGUGACCUCCAAGUUGGUGAGUUGACUCUUCUUGGAAUCGAAAACAGUUUUAUUUUACGCUAUUGUCGUUACAGUAGAACUUACAGUAGAACUAAAUGUUCAUAGAUGUUGUUUUCGCCGAACACUUACGGACUUUCUAUUGUAUGUAAUGUAAUAUGUAAUGUUUGUGUAUAGUUGAAUUAUAAUUACAUUUUUUUGAAUAGUGUCUUCAACGACCUUGAUUAGUUAUAAGUUAUAGUACAAGCAAAAUAUCAUAACUUGAUUUAUUUCGUAUCCUUUGCAGGAAACCGCAAUUCUUGCCGAGGCUGUCGGAUGAAAAUGUGCAGGGCUUUGGGUCUUCGGAUGGUCGGUAAUUCACUGGUCAUUCAAAGCAACGGAUACCCCAAAGACGACAUAGAAGACGACAGUCAACUGGCUGUGGUGAAAGCCAACGACGACGAGCCGUCCACGUCGUUUGCCAAACUCAUCGACGUGUCUCACGACUCCCCACCAAUGGAGUUGAAUUCAGCGGGAAACAUGCAAAACAUAUCAAUGACAAAUCGGACUCCUUUGCUCAACGACUUGAUGAAAAUCAAAACAGAGCCUCAGCCCAUCAAGACAGAGCCACCUCAACCGUUCGGCAGCGCUUUCGAGUUGCUGAACACCCAUCUGCAGCCACAAUCUUCGAAUACAUAUCCGUCGCUGGGGUCGCUGGAAACGCGCCCAGUUUUUAGCAGCCUGAAGCCGGAGUGUAGUCUCAGCUACAACUCCUUUAACAGUAAUUCUUCAACGUGCUCUCCGCCUUCGGUAAAUUCGUCAACAGACCCGAACAGCGCCCCGAAUUCGGUGAGAACGACGCUGCAUCUGGGCAGCGGUCUUCAAAUGUUCACGCCGACCGAAAACGAAUUAAUCGACGACUUUUUCGUCGACGCCGUUGUAGGACUGAAGCCGGCAUUCGAUCCCUCAUGUACGGCGAGUGCUGUGGGAAUCGAUCCGAGCCGAUUCCCGACGUUGGCGAAGACGGUUCAAGUCUUUCAACGGUUCGAGGACCGGCAAUGCUGUCUGUCGAGCAUUUGCAAAGGGUCGGAGGUGAAGAUGGACAGUGAAUAUGUGUACAUAAACAUGCCGUUGUACUCGAUUAUGGAGAAUCGAACGUUGCGACUGAUUUGUAGAGUCAUCACGGAGCUCAUGUCGGAUAUUCCGAGGUUUGCGGUUCCGGAAAGGGUAAGCAAUUAUUAAUAAAUAAAAAGUAUUUACGGUCACGGACCUAACCCAGUGGCAAAAACGUGCCAUUUUGCAUCCGGGAAGCGUCAAAAAUGUGGCAAAAUGCUUCCCUCUCCAAGUGAAAAAGCUUCGUUUUGAAGGGCCUUCACAAAAAAAGCGGCGGGCUUUUGAAAUCGGAGUUUUUUCACUUGGAGAGGGAAGCAUUUUGCCACAUUUUUUGAUACUUCCUGGAUGCAAAAUGAUACGUUUUUUGCCACUGGAUCAGUUCGUCCACUGUAGUUGAUUUUUCAGUUGGCUAAAGCAUUACAAAUCAUUUUUAGGCUCAAAUCCUCAAAACAACAUUACUCGAAGUGUCCUCGGCUUACAAAUUGGCGUUAACGAAUCGUUAUUUUCCCGAAUUUUCGGACAAUCACAUGGCCUUGUUCCCCGGAUUCUAUUGCCGGACGGACGAGUUCGUCGGAUUCAUGAAAAAGGAUUACAAUCGAACAAAACAGUAAGAUUUUUUUUGAAGUCAUGGUCAUGCCAGAAAAGAUCAAACUUUCUGCGGUUUUUAAUUAAAAUCUUGUCUAAUUUCUUCUAAUUUUCAGCGUAUUGCAACCUCUCUGGGAAGUGGGAAGCAAUGUGAUCCGCCGUUUCCGUUAUGUCAUGCCCAACUUUGUCGAGAUGUCCAUGUUCUGCGCUUCGAUAUUGUGGGAUAACAGUAAGUACUCACUUUUUACGAUCUAGGAUUUACUUGAAAAUCUUCUUUUUUUUUAAUUUUAGCGUUUAUAUAGCCGCCUGUUUUAACUGUUACCCACUUUUACCAUCAUUUUAUUUUUCAGUCGAGCGUCUGAAUUUGAUGAAUGAGGAAGCUGCCAAAGCCCGCGAAGCUCUGUUCCUCGAGUUCAGCCAACAUCUGAACGAGAUCCAUGGGACAAAAGGCGCCGUCAGAGUGACCAGAGUGAUGUCCCUGAUGUACGACCUCAAGUCCUACUGCGCUACAUACGAAGAGGCGUUUUCGUUGAUGGGCGUGUUCCUGCCGCCGGAUCGUGAUUGUUUCUGGUGCUCGAAGCCGCAAAUGUCCGACUCGCAACUCAUAAAUUUUGCCACAGAGGACGAGGAGACGGAUAAUGUCGAUCAUUUCACAAUCAACGCUCCGAAUAUUUAG